AUGGCCUCGAUUGUGCGUCCCUCGCUGCUGCGGCAGUCUGCGCUGGCUGCUCGCUCGGGUGUCGCGGCCAGAAGCGCCAUUGCGAUGAGAGCGGCUGCUUUCCAUAGCUCAAGCAAGAAGUCUGCCAUCUUGCCGCCUGGACCUCAGCGAAUUGAAGGUGGAGUCAACGACCCUGCUCCUAUUCCCACUCCAUCCGCCGCCCACGGCUCCUACCACUGGACAUUCGAGCGUCUCCUCGCCGCUGGUCUCGUCCCCUUAACCAUCGCUCCCUUCGCCUCCGGCUCCCUCAACCCCACCAUGGACGCGAUCCUCUGCUCUGCCGUCCUCAUCCACUCCCACAUUGGAUUCCAGUCCGUCAUCAUCGACUACAUCCCCAAGAAGCGAUACCCCGGUCUGCGCAAGCUGUUCUGGUGGGGACUGAAUGCUGCCACGAUAACCGUCGGUAUUGGUCUGUACGAGUUCGAGACGAAUGACGUUGGUGUUACCGAGGCUAUCAAGCGGGUUUGGAAGGCAUAG